AUGCAAAGUUCACAACUAGCCACGAAAUUCCUUACCCUUGGAAACCUGAUCAAAAUACCGAUACUAGCCUCUAAAGGCACCAAAACUGUCCAGCCUUACGAUGUUUUUAUUAACCACCGGGGAGCCGACACAAAAAAAACAAUAGCCUCUCUAUUAUAUGACGAACUCGUGAUCAUGAGACUUAGGCCUUUCUUGGACAAGAAAACUAUGAAACCGGGAGAUAAGUUGGUUUCGAGAAUCGAUGAAGCCAUCCAAGGUUGUAGGGUUGGUGUAGCCGUAUUCUCUCCAAGGUAUUGUGAUUCCUAUUAUUGUUUGCACGAAUUGGCGUUAAUGAUGGAACAUAAGAAGAAAAUUAUUCCGAUAUUUUGCGAUGUAAAACCAUCUGAGUUAAGAUUGGCGGAGUAUAAGAAGUGGUCAUGUGCGGAAAAGGCGAGGUUUGAGAUCGCACUUGAGGAGGCUAAGUGUAGCGUUGGUCUCGCCUUUGAUUCCCAAAAAGGAAAUUGGUCAGACAUUGUAUCGAUUGCAGUUAAUAAUGUGAUACAAAGCAUCAUGAUGGAAUCACCAAGAGCUUGA